AUGCAUCCGAAGGUCACGCGAACAUCGUUCUGGUCCGGCGAUCUUGGUAUCAACUGGGAGCGUACGAGUACCAAUUUUAUCAACCUCGAAACGGCAACCGAAACGCGUAAAAGAGAAGACUUGGACUGGCUGUUUCGGUGUGCCCCGGGAGGUUUUCCUUCUAACACUUUCCGCCAGUUCCGGCCUCAUCACGAGAGAUUUGAAGGGAAUAGGCAAUGUGUAACGGUCCAAAAUGGUGUGAUGACGCUUGGCAACCGGCCUAUCCACGAGCUUCAGAGCUUGCGGGGCGCAUUGAUCACUCAUCGAGCCGAAGUCCAACUGGCCUCGGAGCCUGUCGUUAUUACCUCAGCACCAUUGGCUUCCGAGAUCCUGAUGUUUGCAGAAAUCGCCAGGACUAGUAAACACUUCAAUCUAAGCGCUCGAGGGUCUCUCGAUGUGACGAGUAGGACCGACAUACACUAUCUGCCUCAGGAACAGAGAGUGUGCGUGGACCGAAGUCUGUCCAACACUCAGACAGACAUCAACACCGUCCCCGAGGAAGCGCCCUUUACAUUGUUCGAGCUGAAUGCUAAAGGAAAUGAGCACAUUGAGACCCUCGAGAUUCGGGUGUUCUUGGAUUAUGAUCAUCUCCACCAGGGUAUACUGUCCGUCAUUUUGAACACGGCCGUGCGGCUUGACGCGGACGGAGGCGCUACAGUGCGCCAGCUAGACAUCUGGGAGAUAAACAGCACUUGA